AUGUCAGCAAUGGAUGUCGACCGUGACGUAUAUACCGUGUUAAGUACAUUGAGGCUGGAAACAGAAUCAAAUGAGUUAAUUAAUAUUUUUUACCAAUUAGAAGACUAUUUUGAAAGAAAAUUAUAUCAUCAAUUAACGUUAACAUUAAAUGAAUUCUAUGAAAACCCAGAAUCGAAAAAUAAUCGAUUAAGAAUCAAGAUCUAUGACCUUUUCAUCAGUCAAUUCUCACAGAAAUUGAAUUCUAUUCAAGUAGUUGAUUUCUUAUUGGCUAGUUUUGAAGAUGACAAGGAAGAAUGCUUAAACAAGUUAUUGCAAUUGAAGGAAACCUUUGUAAAGCAAUUGAGAAAUAAUUACACUAAUAAAUCGGAAAUUGAGGAAACGAUCAAUAAUGAUGAAUCUAUAAUUUACAUUGAUUUGCAGAUAGCCCGUUACUACUUAAUAUUGAACAACUUGGAAAAAUCAGAAACCAUUUUAGAGCAUUUAAAUCCAAAGUUCGAAAGCACAUUUGAAAAUGAAUUCAGCUCCAAGAUCAAUUCGGCGUUUUACCUUACCAAAUGUCAAUUGUACAAGAUUAAUGAAAACUACAACUUAUUUUACUUGAAUGGAUUAUUAUACUUAUCAUCGAUAAAGAACAAGAGCUUGUCGAUCGAAGAGCAGCAAAUGCUAUGCUACGACCUCUGUAUUGCUGCCUUACUAGGAGAUAAGAUUUAUAACUUUGGUGAAUUGCUUUUGCAUGAUAUCUUGAACUGCUUCAAGGAUUCUCAAUAUGAUUGGUUAUAUAACUUGAUCCAUAAUUUAAAUUCCGGUAAUUUGAAGAAUUUCAAUAAGUGGUUGGCAAUUGGAUUCCAAAAGUCUCCAUUUUUGAAAACCUUCGAAGUAUUCUUAAAGCAAAAGGUUAUUAUAAUGUCGUUAUUAGAAUUGAUUUCAAUGAAAUCUACUACAAACAAACAAUUAAACUUUAAGGAGAUUUCAGAAUUUACAGGCACCCCUGUUAAUGAUGUGGAACAUUUGAUUAUCAAAUGUUUCUCAUUGAAUCUUAUAAAAGGGUAUAUCAAUCAAAUUGACGAAGUGUUGGUGGUAACCUGGUUGCAACCAAGAAUCUUGAACUUAGAUCAAGUCAAUGUGUUGUAUAAUCAUUUAUGUAAGUGGAAUGGCCAAGUUGAAGGAUUAGCUAAAGAAGUGCAUAAAAAUGGUGGCUCAAUCUGGGCCGGCUUAUAG